AUGAUUAAUCACUUUGUCCUGUUCAAGCUCAAGGCCGGCGUCACAGACGCCCAGGUCGCCGAGAUGAAAGCCCUCGGCGAGGCAAUGGUCGGCGUCGUCCCUGGCCUCAAGAGCUUCGCCAUGGGACCUCCUCUGGCUGCCACCGCCGCGCGCGCCCAGGGCUUCGACCUGGCCCUCCUGGCCAUCCUGGAGACGGAGGAGCAGCUCCUGGCGUAUGCUACGCACCCGGCUCACGUGAAGUAUGGGCUCCUGUCUCCCACCCUCCUCAUCAUACCGGAAGAAGGGAGCAGAGGCUGA